GCAAUGGACGGCGAUAGGGCCCAUAUUUGUUUGCGUAUUUAUUCGGCCGAGCGAAAUUGGUCUUUUCCGUCCAACUCUAAAGACGGUUUUCGCUUCUCAGACCCACACUCUAUUCCCAUAUCCUCAUUACUGAUCUCUGUUUAUAUUUCCAUCGAAAUUUCAAAUAAUACAGCACCGUAUGCAUCGGCCAUCGCCGACGCCUGCCGUCGUCGACGUCGCCUCCAUCGCCUUCCUAACGAACAGACACAAAUCGAUUUCCUGCUCACAACAUUAUUUUCGGAAACGCGACCCAAAAAAUACUAAAUUAAUUUAUCCCUUUUGAACAUUAACUUAUACUCGAGACCAAUGCAAAAACUCGUAAUUAUUUUAAUAAAAUACCAUAACAAAGCAAAUUGUAAUCAAUAUAGACACGGACGCAUAAGCGAGCUACAAAGUAACGAAAUCAGCGCACGUUAGUAAAUCCAACAAAUUGGUUACAAAUGAAGAUGGCUAGAGUGGACGCCGCUGAGAAGGAGGCAAGCGAGGUAUUGCACUCCUUGCUAUCAGUGGAACGCAUAGAGAAGCAAGAAGUGAUUGUUACAGACAGACAAAAUGAUGAGAACCAGCAAUUCCAAACAAACCCCGAGGAUCAGGAGCACGACGGCCAGAUACAAUGGCACACUCCAAUUAUAUCGACGCCGUCGCUCUUCUCUACCAUCGAAGCAAACAACCAAUUCACACAGGCUAUGGAUGAUCAUCACGUCGUUAUUUGGGAAGGACAUACUAUUCAGGUUGAUACAGAUCCAACCCAAUUGAAUACCAUAUAUACAACCACUGCACCGGAGGCGACGACGCCGAUGCUGGAGGAAAUACAGGAACCCGAGGAAAAAGAGCCUAAGAAGGUGAAGGUAAAGACGCCACCGAAAGGCAAGAAGAAGUUACCUUUGAAAAAGAAGAAAAAAGGAACUGUUGAAGUGGUGGGUAAUAAUGAUCCGACUAAAUUGGAGGAGAGCGCGGUGCAGGUGAAGGAGCGCUUCAAACGCGGAUGCGAGUGCCAGGAUGAGAGCUGCUUCCGCGGAUUAAAUCCUGAAAGUGUUUAUAAGCAUCGACUGAAUAUUGCCGAGUUAACGAAAGGAGAGCAUGACAUGUAUUUGAUGGGGGUGACCAUGGCUUGCUUGGCUAAUCCUGAUACUACAGUUCGGCACAAGGAGAGGAGACGGUUGAGAGCACAAUACGUUUACCAGGGUAGAAGGGUCUGUUUGGAUGCAUUCUUGUAUUUAGAAAACUGCACACAUUACCAAUUGAAGCGCAUAAGAAAGCAUGUUAUGACUCAUGGAGUUGCACCUAGGGUGCAUGGUAACCAUGGCAAGAAGCCGCACAAUACAUUUUCGUUGGACAUUUACAGACAUGCCACUGAGUUUUUGAAACAAUACUUGGAGCAGCACACUGGAGACAGCGGUAAUUCCAAGCAACCCAUCCAGCUGCCUUGGGAUAUAACAAGGAAGAACCUACACGACGCUUACAAGGAGUACGGGCAAAUUUUAGAGCCUGGUAUCAAGCUUAUGGGAUAUUCUACGUUCAGACAUUUCAUGAAAGAACAGUUCCCGCACGUUAAGUUCUGCAAGGUCGAACCUAAAGCUAACGCACCAGCGCCGCCAUUGCCAAUUCAGGCGCUCCCGCAAGAAACGAACCAAAUUAAUCAGCACCAGUUAAACAAGCAGAUUCAGCAACCGCAGAAAUGCGUAAUUAACAACGAAGUUCAGCAGGUCAUACCAUUGGUGGUAGCGCCUAACGACAGCACCAAUAACCAGCACCACCAACAGGCAUUCUUAGUAACGCCCGUCCCGCAGAUCCUUCCCAAUGCCAACAUAGUUGCCCAGAACCCCACCAACCACGCCGCUUCGAAUACAUUUUCGUACCAGCUUACUAAUACCGGCUAUGUUAUUAAUGAGGGAAUUGUAACUACAAUGGCAAAUGCACAGCAACAUACCCCAUAUACAUUUAAUCGAAUGUAAACAUAACGUAAACCCUACCAAAAUAUUUAUUACAAAAAGUUCGCAAAAAAAAGUAAAUAUGUGAUAACGAAAUUAACGUUUCUUUUUUAUUAAUUAUUCUGUUAUAGGUAUUAUGAUAUAUUUUUAAGUUAUGAUAGUACAUAUUACGUCUAUAUAUAGAUGAAUUAUACACAUUCACAGUAUAUAUCCAAAUGCUCGAUGUUUUUAUUCAGAUACUUUCUCAUAAAUUUAUUAUCUAUGUGUAAAUAUUAUGUAAUGAUUAACGUGAAGAGGAGAUGAGAGGUGGUGACGAAGAAGUAAGCGUAAAAGAAUUAUAUUUCAUUAUAAUAAAAGCAUUUUAUUUAUUCUAAA